AUGUCCACAGGUUUGACCAACCCGAAAGUCCUCAUUGUUGGCGCUGGUCCUGCAGGACUCGUUCUCGCCUUAUCCCUACUCAAGAAUGGCGUCCCGGUUCAUGUCGUCGAGAAAUCCGUACACCCACGCAUUGGCCAGAGGAGACCGAGUUUAAUGCCACGAUCCUUGGAAAUUUUCGAUUUCUUUGGGUUGUCGGACGCUAUAUUGGCUCGUGCCAGGCGUGCUCCUCCAAUCAAUCUAUACGAGAUGCCAGAAGGCGUAGAGGUUAUGAUGGAAUUCGAGAUGUCACCGCAUAUUGACCCAACGCCUGCCUGUCCGUAUCUCGACCUGCUCCUCUUGGGUCAAGACGGCUUAGAUAGAAUUUUGCGAGCCGAGCUGAAGAAUCGCUACGGCACUGAGGUCUCCUUUGGCGUCGAAUUGGAAUCGUUCGAUCAAUCUGCAGAUCAUGUUGUCGUCCAGCUCCUCAAUCAUAGCACCGAGGCAAAGGUCGUCGAGCGAGUAGAAGAGCAUUAUGAAUACGUCAUUGGCGCGGAUGGUGCAAAGAGCGUCGUCCGAAAGGAGCUAGGAUUGUCUUUCUUGGGUAAAACCGCAGAAGAGAACUUUGUGAAAUGGCAUAUGUGGGGCGAAUUGGGUCAAGUUUUGGUGGGGUUACGACCGACCGAGGACCACGACGUGGUCAAUUUCGUCCUAGGAGGCAGCAAAUUCACGAAUCACGAAGAAGUAUGCUCGAGUGAAGAAUCUUUGAAGGCUUUCCUGAAGAAACAUUCUGGGAAUCGGGACGACAUAUGGGUGGAGGAGUUCAUCUGCUACAAUCAUUAUAGGGUCAAUAUUCGUAUGCUCGAGAAAUUCGGAGUUGAACGUGUGUUCGUCGUUGGAGACGCAGCACACAUCCACAGCCCUGCUGGGGGUCAAGGAAUGAAUACAGGCAUUCAGGAUUCCUUCAACCUGGGAUGGAAGCUUGCUCUAGUUCUUAAAGGUCUUGCGCCACCUUCGCUGUUGGACACGUAUAACGACGAGCGCCACCCCGUCGUCGCCGAGAUGCUCAACAUUACGACUGGGAUGCUCAACAAGAUGGUUGUUGCCAGUGCCGACGUCGGCUGGAGGAGGACGGGGCACAUCAACCAACUCGGUGUCAACUACCGCUGGAGCAGCAUCGUGGUCGACGAAGCGAAGGGAAAAGUCAAUGGCGGGAAACAGGCUUCGUCUACCUAUAACGUUGAGGCCUACCUAUAA